AUGUUUGCCCUUCCCUCAAGCACGGUGCAACAAUGCAGACACGCCUUUUCUCUUCUCGACUCGGAAUCUAAAGGAUAUGUAACGGCCAAAGAUUUAGAAAUUGUUUUACAGGCACUGAGAGUGCGAAUUGAUCCUUCCGAUUUGGAGGAUCUGAUCAAUGAAGUGAAGGCUUUGGAUCGCUCCGUAUUGAAUUCCUUGUAUGAAGGAUAUAACUCUUCGGUGAAUAUUCCUCGUAAUCAUCAUCAUCAUUCAAGCAAACAAUUCAGAGAUGAUGAUUCAAGUGUUGAUGAGAGUCAUGAUGCUGAUUUUGAAAAUAAUGAAAUUGUGUUGAAAUCGGAAAAGGUGAGCAAUCAAGAUGAUGAUCAACAACGAGUUUCAACCAUGUCUGCUAGUAGUACGGCUACUUUACAAUCACCUCUCCUCUCAAAUCGAAAAUUGAAAAGGGCUAAUCAAUACGUUGAAUAUCGAUAUGCCUUUGAUUUACCAGAAUUUAUUGCCUUUGUGGCAUAUGCAGUACAGAGAGAAUAUCCAGAUGUUGGAGAACGAUUAAAAACUAUUGAAUUACAAAAUAAGGAACUUGAUGCCAUCAAUGAUGACGAAGAUGUGAACAAGGAACAUCAGAAACUUUUUCAAGAUUUGAAUGAAUUAUUUACAAUCUUUGAGGAUAAAACAAAACCUGGUUAUAUGACCAUGGAAUCAUUACGUGUUUCGAUGGAAAAGGUUGGAGAAUUUUUACCCACACCUAUAUUUGAAGAAAUGUUUUACGAAAUUGAUUUUGCAAAGACUGGAACAAUUUCAAAGGAACAAUUCAUGUCCCUAUUUUCCGAACAUUUUGAGUAUUAG